UUUGAUGAGAAAGUGUUAUCCCCACACACAAGGACCAUCAUGAAAUAUUCCUAAAUUCAAAAGCCUGAGCUCUGAGGUGUGCACCGGAAAUUCAGUCUGCACUCUGCUAAAAUAGUCUUUUACUCUGAACCUACAGCAGUGUUUGGCAUCAUCUUUUUUAUCCCGCUUAUUUACUUUACUCCUCUGUCUCACAUGAUCGUCCUUUUCCCCCGCGCCAUACAUGACGUUAGCUAUUACUACUACUGCUAUACAAAACCACCGAGCCAUGGCAUCACUCUUCAAAUCUUCCAUUCUGCAUUUCUAGCGUAAAGAUACUUUUUCUCUCUUCGCUCUUCAGUCUUUGUAUUGUUCUCUCUCACUCUGCAAUGGAAGCGUUUGGCAUCCUCAAGUUCUGGCGAAAUGCAGCUGCCGGAGCUGAUGGCAGGAAGGCGGCGGUUGGAAUGGAUGAGAGCGAAGGAAGCGAUGAGGAAGACUCGUUUUUCGAGUUGGUUCUCAGAUCGCCGGAUCGUGUCGCCGUUACACCUGGUGAUGAAGCUGCGAGGAAGGAUUUUCAGUUCAUCGAAUCCCCGCGAGAUGUUUUUUUUAGCAAAAAUGAUUUCUCGAAUUCAAAGCUUUUGUCUCCGGUUGCUCUCCUGCGGUCCACUCCGAAGUUCAAGGUGUUCAUGUUAGGUCUCAGGAAGUCGUCAAAAUGGGAGAAAACGGAGUCCAAUGGUAAGUUGAAGGGGAGUUCGCUGAAUCAGUUUUCGAAAUCUUCGAAUAUCGAAGAGAGCAAUUUUUACUCCGUAAAAUGCAGAGUCGAGAAAAUGCCGGUCGCUUCCGUUUUGGCGAGAGAGAAUAGUUUGAGAAGCCUACUGCUGAAAGAAACCGCCGAUUACGAAACUUCGUCGCUAAAAUCAUCGAGCGAUGCGGUUUCAAGGUAUCUAAAGCUGAUUAAACCUUUGUAUCUAAAGGUUUCGAAGUGGCAGAAUGAGAAGGCGAAGUUCACGGAAUCGUUAACGCCGCCACCUUCUCUGUUGACGGCGCCGGCGAGCUUGUCCCCUAGGAAGUUAUCCGGAGGUAGCAGGGUGGGAAGUUUUAAGAUUGUGGCGAAACAUUUGGGGAAAAGCAGAUCGGCGUCAGCGGCCGUCGACGUGGCGCCACAUCCUGGCCGCCGGAGAGACGAUUCGUUGUUGGAACAGCAUGAUGGAAUCCAAAGCGCCAUUCUUCAUUGCAAGAGAUCCUACAACUCCUCACACAAAGAAUUUUCACAAUUAUUUCGAUCUUCAAGUGAUCCUUCGCACGACAAACUGGGACAUCCGGGGAGAAAUUCAUGUGAAGAACGAAAGAGAUGCAGUAUUUAGAUAGGAAAGAACAAAAGAGAGUCAAGAAUGUGAAAAAUGCUGAUGAGAGCAGACGUCAAAUUCCGGUGCUAGGUAUGAUGAUCAUAAGAUUUUUAGAGUCAUCCUUUUCUGUAACAUAGGGCCAGCAAAAGAAUCUGAAAUGGACGGUGCCCUGUGCGAAGUGUGAAUGCCCAAUCAGUAUAGUUUAGUUUACUUUCUGUGGGCUGUCAGUUGUCACAUUGAAAGAGAAAAUUUGAGGGGAAUGAUUCGUGUGCCUGAGUUCUUACAAUGACU